GCCGAAAAUCCGUUGAGAUGCUUUUGACUCUGUACCAACCCAUCUCGUUGCUGACAUAUGCAGUAACAUCCCUCGUUAUCGUCUCGACAUGGCUUUGGACAUCAGAAAAGAAGAGCCAUCCCCGUCCGCCGGGGCCACGACCGAUCCCGUUGCUAGGAAACGUCCAUCAACUACCGCUUGAACGUCAGCAAUAUACUUUUAAGAAAUGGGGCGAAACGUUUGGCGAACUCGUCUACGCCAGGCUAUUCUUGAAAGAUGCCCUUAUCCUCAACUCCUUCCGCGUAGCCCAGGAUCUAUUGCAGGACAAGGGCGCGUUAUGCUCAGGUAGACCACGCUCAGUUCUUCUUAACGAAAUAUUGGGAUAUGAUUUCGAUUUUGGGUUUAUGCAAUACGGCGAUCGCUGGCGCAAGCAACGCAAAAUGGCUCAUAUCGCUUUUCAGACGAACGAUCGUCUGUUGAGCUAUCGUGCCAUACAACGACGAGAAGCAUACACUUUGAUCGCUGAACUGUAUGAGAAUCCGAGUCUGCAUGAGCAACACAUAAGCAAAUUUGCAGCUGCUAUUAUUUUCGAUAUAACCUAUGGCUAUAGGAUAACUUCAUGCGAUGAUGAGUAUUAUGUUCUGACGGGGCGAGCAAUUCGGGGAACGGUGGAAACAGGAAGCCCUGCUGCUACAUUGGUGGACUUCUUCCCUUUCUUGCAAUAUCUCCCUUCCUGGUUCCCUGGUUCAGGAUCAAACAAGAAGGCUCUUCAAGUGAGAAAACUUGUUCAAGAUACUGUGGAUAGACCUUAUGAUGAGUGUAAACGCGCAAUUACAUCUGGAGAGGCAAGCGCGUCGUGGGUUGCAUCGAUGUUGGCCGAGCACACGAAAGACGGCGUAGUAUCUGAAGUCGAUGAAGACGACAUUAAAGGCGUCGCGAUGGCUUGCAACAUUGCGGGCGCGGAAACCACCGCAACAGUACUGCUGGCAUUCUUGCUGGCAAUUGUUAUUCAUCCUGAAGUUUUCGCCAAAGCACAGCGAGAGAUGGACAAGGUUGUAGGCGAAGGACGGCUCCCCGACUACGACGAUAGGGACUCACUACCCUACCUUGAAUGUAUCAUAAAAGAACUCUACCGAUGGAAUCCUCCAGCUCCGCUUGGCCUUCCUCACGCUACAACUGAAGAGGUGGAAUAUCGUGGCUACCGCAUACCCACUGGAACGAUGCUCUUCCAGAACAUAUGGGGAAUGAUGCAGGAUGAAGAGUCGUACCCUCAGCCUGAAAGGUUCUUUCCCGAACGCUUCGAGAAGAUGGACGAACACGAGGCUCGUAUGAAAGAUACUCGCAGAAUCGUGUUUGGAUUUGGCAGAAGAGCUUGUCCUGGCAGGCACCUUGCAGACAGCAGUGUAUGGCUUGCGGCGGCGAUGAUGAUCGCCACGCUUGACAUUGGCAAAGCGCGCGACGCGAGCGGGAAGCUAAUAACUCCAGAGCCCACUUUCGUGCAGAAUUUCGUCAGCCGUCCGGCCGAGUUUUUGUGCAGAAUCCAACCGAGGGCGGAAACAACGCGCCAGCUCAUCCACCAGAUGCUAGCAUAG